AUGCGUGGCCAGACGGUGGCCGGCGAUAACAAGCAGGCGGUGAAGGAACUGCCUAAUGAGAAUGUUAAAACGCUGCCUAAUGAGGAGGAAGUGAAGACGCUGCCUAAUGAGAAGGUUAAGACGCUGCCUAAUGAGGAGGAGGUGAAGACGCUGCCUAAUGAGAAUGUUAAAACGCUGCCUAAUGAGGAGGAGGUGAAAACGCUGCCUAAUGAGGAGGAGGUGAAGACGCUGCCUAAUGAGGAGGUGAAGACGCUGCCUAAUGAGGAGGAGGUGGAGACGCUGCCUAAUGAGGAGGAGAUGGACGGCAGCCGUAAUAUGGACGACAGCCGUAAGAUGGACUGUAGCCGUAAGAUGGACGGCAGCCGUAAUAUGGACGGCAGCCGUAAUAUGGACGGCAGCCGUAAUAUGGACGGCAGCCUGUCACCAUCACGACACAAGACAGACGUCACCAUCACGCAACAAGACGUCACCAUCACGCAACAAGACAGACGUCACCAUCACGCAACAAGACAGACGUCACCAUCACGCAACAAGACGUCACCAUCACGCAACAAGACGUCACCAUCACGCCACAAGACAGACGUCACCAUCACGCAACAAGACGUCACCAUCACGCAACAAGACGUCACCAUCACGCAACAAGACGUCACCAUCACGCCACAAGGCAGACGUCACCGUCACGCCACAAGACAGACGUCACCAUCACGCCACAAGACAGACGUCACCAUCACGCUACAAGACAGACGUCACCAUCACGCCACAAGACAGACGUCACCAUCACACCACAAGACAAACGUCACCAUCACGCCACAAGACAGACCACCUACCCUCACCCCACCUACCCUCGCCUCACCUACCCUCACCUCACCUACCCUCACCCCACCUACCCUCACCCCACCUACCCUCACCCCACCUACCCUCACCCCACCUACCCUCACCCCGCCUGAGAUGGCACAUCGCAAAUCGGGAUGA